UCAUUCUCAUAGAUAGAAAAAACUGAGCAAACCUUAGCAAAAGCUCUGAAAUCUUGUAAUCUCUCAAACUCUCUCUUCCUUUAAGAUAUAGAGUGAAAAGCGUAAGGCCUCAAAAUAGCCAUAGCCAAGAGAAGGCGCCACGGCAGUAUCGAGGGAGCAAGUUCACACGAGACUGAGACUCUUAUCGGUCGUCGUGUUUUCUUAAGGGAUUUUUUCUUUUUUAUUUUCUUCCACAAGUAUUUGGGCAACCACGCGCUCAAAAAAAAAAAAAAGAAAAUCAACCGGUGCAUGCACCCAAUCCCUUAGACCCCCCAUGAACCGAAUCUCCCAUAUUUAAUUAGUUUAUCCAAAAAAAAAAACUCAGCAUACUUUCAAUCAUUAAACCCCGGCGAAAAAUGGCCGCGCCUCUGCUAUUCCCCGUCGCAUCGUCGACGAAAACGGCCGCUCCUCCAACCUACUCGCCACGGAAACCAGUACCUUCCGGUCACCGUUUCUUCUCAUUCCCUUCCAAAACCAAGCCUCUUCUCAAAAUCACCGGCAAUUCAAACAAACAUCGGUCUUUCACCGCCAAGGCCAUCGAAGAAAGCAAGGAGAGCACGGAAGACACGUUGACCGCCAAGGAAGUGGAGACGGAACUGGAAUCGAGCGAGGAAAGCGAGCUGAGUGCCAUUGGAGCAGAGAUAAAGAAGGCGAUGAAGGAGAGAGAAGCGAAUAAUAGUGAUAACAGUCUCGCCGGCGGAGUGGCGGAGGAGAUAAGGGAAAUCGAGUGGCCUGCAUUUGGUAAAGUUUUGGGUACCACCAGCGUUGUUCUCGGUGUUAUUGCUGGCUCUAGUGUCGUUUUACUCACUGUUAAUGCCGUUUUGGCUGAGCUUUCCGAUCGGGUUUUCGCCGGUAAAGGCGUCCAAGAUUUCUUCAGCUGAAUCUGAUACAUAUUUUAUUGCAAUUGAACCCUUUUAUAAUGUAAUUUCUUAUUUCUGCUAUUUUAUUUGCAAUUGGGUCUCUAA